AUGGCUGGAAGUGAAAGCAUACGCGAAAGGGGACGCGGCGGACGCACGGAUGGCGUGCGACGCUCGCGUCGGACUCAAGGGAUGCCGCCGGAAGAGCAGCUCUCGCUCGAGGAAGUCGAGCGGAAUGCUCGCCGGACAAACGCCGCGAGGCGCAAGGCAGCUCGCGAGGAGAAGGAGUCGACGGAGGCCCAAGAUCAGCCGGAAUCGGAGCCGGCGGCCCAGGAUGCGCAUCACGUGUCCCUGGAUGCUGUCACCCCGAAUGACGAGGAGAAGGGGCCCCCGAGUGGCUCGGAAGUGAACUCCACCCCGGGGUCGGAGGUGGAGGUUGUGGGUGUGUCCAUUCCGGAUGUGUCCACCCAGGCGUCUGUGGGAGGCGCCGUCAAGGUUGAGUCGUCGGCUGUGGAUAGACCUUCGGGAACUUCCCGGCCGGCCCAAGAUGUGAUCGUGCUGGACGUUGACUCGGAUGAGUCCCCCUCGCAGGCGCGCACGAUCAAGGGAGAAGGACCGUUACCAGCCGUCCAGGAAGAGCCGGCGUCAAGCCUGCCGAACGAGACUCCGUUACCAAGCUCGCCCGUUCCGAACGCCGCUCCGGAUGCGCCGCCCAGGGUGGCCACCUCGGAGGACCCCCAAAAUGAUUCCGGAGAGCAGGCGUCCGCCGCCCGGAUGAAGGAGUUCGUGGCCGACCAGGUCCACAGUUGGGAAAGGGUGACGCUCGAGUUCGUGAUGUCCCCGACUGUUGACGUGGUGGACAGCAGCCAUGGCGACGUCCCGAUACGUUGCGGCUCGUUCGACGAUGGGCUCGCUCGUUCGACGAUGAUGCACCCGAGCGACAACUGGAUUUCGAAUUGGAGCUUGGUCCGACUGUCUCCGUGCACUGCCGCGGACGCCACUGCGGCCAUGAUUCCCAUGAUCACGCUGUCACUGCGCGAGUGCGCCGCACUGCUGCAGACGCUAUUCUUCGAGGCGGGAUUGAGGUUUCGCAAUCUGAUUCCCCAGUGGUUUCAAGCACGGGCUCCCCGGGUGGAGCCGAUCAUGGUGCGGAUGCUCAUGCAGGAGCUCCAGCAACAACUGGCUGACGAACAUUCGGAAUGGCGAAGCGUCGCUGCGGGCGUCCCAAAUCGAGUCAUGCCAGCGCUGGACGUUCAUGUGGGGGAUGCUGCCCUGGAUGCGGUCAAGGAGGAACACCCGGACGACGACGUGCCAAUGUCGACCCGGGAAAUGGACGUGCUCGGUCGAGAAUGUCUUUUCCGGAUGAGGGUGGCUGGAGUCCGGCCGACCCGAAGUCCGGCGAGUUCAGCUGUGGGCCGCCCUGAAUCCAAGCGUCCGCAAUAUGGCCCGCCACGUCCGUCGUCAAUCCCGUCCAUGAGCUCCCACUUGUCCUACCGGUCUUCCAUCCCGGCGAGUCAAGAUGCGGACGCUCUGAGCGCGCGGAUGUCUGUCACCCAGAGUGCAGUUUCCCGACGAAGUUCAGGACGAGAGUCAAGUCUGUUUGGGACGACGGCCGCGGAUUCGGAGGAGUCGAACCCCAGCGCCACGUCCGGGUCGCGCUCGACGGAGCCAUAUUCGUCGUCGGGAUCCUCGCUGUGGUCGCUUGGCGGAGCCACCGGCGCUCACAUGCCGUAUGCCGCUCCAUCCGGAAUGGUCAUGACCGCCCGAAGUGGCUCAGCCCCCAUUCAGGGAGGCUGGGGCGUGCAAGUCGCGGAGACGGUGCUCCCUACACCACCAGUGCCGGUGAACCAGGACGAUAUCGAGGACGUCCCGGAGGCACACGCGCUCCCGAAGGUCAAGCCCAAGCAGCUCUUCCGGCAAAUCCAGCUCGGAGGACGAAAGGCGCCGUGGCCGCCGAGGAUCCAAGCACCCUCGCCGUCCCAAGCGGUCGCCCAGUCGAUCCGUGAAGUCCGGAUGGAUGCCAUGAUUCGGGUGGAUGCGAGUGUUCAGGAGAUGAAGCAACAGCUCCAGGAUAAGGACAACGCCUCGGACCGGAAGCCCGAAGCCGCUGACGAGGGGAAGCGAACCUUCCAGACCUACCAGGCCACUCAGCUGCUGGUCGACCGGGAGGAUGCCCUGGAAAACCAAUGUGCCCUCGACACACAGGCCCCAGUUCAGGUGAUCAUAAGUGAGGCGACGACGGAGAAGGCCCGCGAAGUCGUGGGAGCUAUCCAGGAAGAUGCCUUGAAGCGUGCGCGAGAAGCCGUGAAGGCGGAGCGCGCGCAGGAAGAGCAUCUCCGGUCCGAAGCUGAAGCCGCGAAGCUGCAAGCUCAGGAGGCCACGAUGCAGAAGACACUGGAAGAGCAGCGGAGAUUACUGGAAGAACAGCAGAAGCUCUUCGACCGAAGGAUCGCUUUGCUAGAAGCAGCCUAG